GCAGAUUGAUGUCGACAUGUUCUGAAUCUGUAUGGAUGGGAGACAUUAUUCAGUGACGAUACUGAACAAACGGAGCUCACAGAGCAGACGAUACAUGAACACAGCUUGAAUCUCCUCAGACGAUUGACCAUGAGUGAACACUUGAGAAGAAGCUACAUGUCCUCUUCCCCAGAGCUGAGACUUGUUCUAUUGGGAAACAUUGGAUGUGGAAAGACGUCUUCAGCUGACACCAUCCUGGGUCAGCUGUCCCACAUCUUGCCCAGUGCCUCGCGGACCUGCCAGGUGCGGCAAGGCACGUCUGAGGGCAGGACUGUGACUCUGGUGGAGGCGCCGAGAUGGUACUGGAACGGCGGAAAGAUGGAGGAGAGCGUCAGGCAGGAGACGGCCAGAGCGAUGUCGCUGUUAGCAUCCGGCCCGCAUGCUUUUCUGCUGCUGGUGCCGGUUCACCAGUUCACAGAGAUGGAGAGUCAUGUGCCUGCAGAGCUGAAAGAGUUGUUUGGGGCAGAGGUGAUGGAACACACUCUGGUCCUGCUGACCUGUGGGGACUACUUGAUGGGGAAAACAGAGCAGGAAUACCUGCAGAAAGAACACCCAGGCCUCAGGCAGAUAAUCGAGGACUGUGGGGGGAGGUACCAUGUCAUCAAUAAUCGUAAGCGACAGGACAGGGAGCAGGUCUGCGAGUUGCUGGAGAAGGUGGAACAAAUUGUGACAAAAAAUGGGGUAUACUACAUGAAAACAGACCAGGAGAGCGAGAUGGAGAAACGAGUGCAAGACAGAAAGCCAGAACUUGUGGAAAGUUACAGAGCUCAAAGGGAGGAGAGAAGAGAGACCGUCGCUUCACCGCAGAGCCCAAACACAGAAACUCGGAGGAGUGUCGACCGAGGAGAGGAGCACAGCAUCGCCUUGGAGAGCAGGAGGAGAGAAGAGAGGGAUGAGAAUAACAGAAGUGUGACUGUGAGCCAAAGGUCUAACGGGCUUCAUUCAACUCCAGCACCAGAGCACCAGCCAUAUUCAGAGCCGCAGGAUGACAGACAGGCGAGGAGGACGCCCAGUUUCAGACUAAAUGCAGAUGGAGCUAUACUCUCACAAGUGUCUGAGAUUAAAUCAACUCCGAAAGUGGUCACUACUUUUCACCAAAGGAUUAACAGCUUUGAAGAAAGAUCUCCUGAGGAAUCCCCGACCUCUACUCCUGCAUCAGUCUUCGCCUCUCCCCCCUCCUCACCAACCUUUGCCUCCUCUCCCACCUCAUUGCCCUCCUCAUCCUCCUCCUCAUCCUCCUCAUCCUCCUCAUCCUCUCGAGAGCUGCGUCUGGUGCUGCUCGGGCGAUCUGGAGCCGGGAAGAGUGCAGCUGGCAACAAAAUACUGGGGAGGCAGGAGUUUGAGUCACGCCCCGAAAGCCUCACAGCAAUCACUCAGCAGUGUGAGAAAAAGAAGGCACUGGUUGAAGGAAGACAGGUGGCGCUGGUGGACACCCCAGACUGGUUCAACUCAGAGCAGAGUCCAGAUGAGGUGCGAGCACAGAUCUCCUCCUGUGUUGCUUUGUCCAGUCCCGGUCCCCAUGCCUUCCUGCUGUGUGUCCCCUUAGACCAGCCUGCAAAGACCGAGCUGAAGGCUAUCGAGGCCCUCGAGAAUGUUUUCGGCCCAGACGCCAUCCAGAGACACACUGUGCUUCUCUUUACUUACGCAGAUAAACUGAAGGAGAGCGGGAAGGCAGGAAAUAGCAGCGUCGAGGCAUACAUCGCUGGUCAGCGGGGGGAUUUGUUGAAGCUUGUGGAGAAAUGCGGGGACAGGUUUCACGUGAUGGAGACGGGAGGAGGUGGGAGGGACAGCAGAAAUGUUGCAGAGCUGCUGGAGAAGGUGGAGCAGACAGUCAGGGAAAGUGGAGGACAGUGCUAUUCCCAUCCUGCUUUUCAGGAGGCGGAGAACAGAGUGAGGGAGCGACAGGUUGAAUUAGCAAAGGAGAGAAGGAGGGGAAAACUAGAGCCAGAAGGACAGCUGAACUCUGAAGGGCGGGCGCUUUAUUCCUACAUGCAGCCUUUGGCCGAGGCAGAUGAAGAAGUAAGAGAGGAUGAGAUUGAGAAAACAAGGGAUGAGGCAGAGUUAAAUGUGAGCUCAAUGAAUAUUGAGAGCCUUCCUCCUAUCACGCUUUCCACCAUCUCCCCUUCACUCUUCAACUCCAUUAUGGAAACAAUGGGGUCUAAUGCAAAGCUGUUACCCAAACUGUUUGCAGAUAGCUCUGUGUGGGUCGGUGAGGGAGCAAAGAAGGUGAAAGCUAGUCCCGCGUGGGGGACAGUCGGCACCAGAGCACGAAAUGUCCAGAAGAUGGUGGCUGAUAGCUCUGUGUGGGAGAAGGUAGGAGCUGGUGCUGGACAUGUGUCCAAGCUUGUAGGAGAUAGAGUUCCCAAGGUAAUGGUGGACGGUUCUGCAUGGGUGGGAUCUGGAGCAAAAGCAGCAGCAGCUAGUCCAAUGUGGGAGAAAGCUGGUGCAGGGGCCAAACAAAUGGGGAGUGGGAUUGGAACCGGGGCAAAAAGUUUGGCAAAGAGUCCGAUGUGGGGAAAAGUAGGAUCUGGGGCUAAAACUGGAGCUAAACUGAUGGCUGAAAGCUCGGCGCUAGUUGGAGCUCGAAUCGGUGUCGGUGCAAAGAAGGUGGCACAGAGUCCAGUGUGGGGGAAGGUGGGCUCUGGGGCGAAAGCCGGCGUCAAAAUGGUGGCAGAGAGCUCAGUAUGGGAGAAAAUUGGGAAAACUGCUAAACAGGUGCCUGUGAUAGUCAUAGUGGGCGCAUUGCUGGGUCUGGUGCUCGGCGUGUUUUUGGGGCGUGUUAUUGGCGGAGCUGUCGGGGCAGCAGCUGGAGCUGGGGUUAGUGAGGCGGUCAGACGAAAAUUUGGCAAUAAAAGCACGUUAGAAAAGACAGAUGAAGCUGCACAAAAUGCGAAGAGAACAGUGAACAACAGCUUAGAUUCUCUGGUAAAACAAGGAGAGAAAGUAUUGAAAACUGAAUGAAGGCUGAAUGGAUCCUUGUGUAUAUAUAACAUGUAACAAAUGAAAAAUAUAUAUUAAGCUUGAGUUUCAUUCCAGCACUUAAUGAAUGAAGAUUAAUGUGACUUUUCUUUAAAGGGUAAAUGUGACUCACACUAAAUGAUGUUCUAGCAUUAUAAAUGAUUUGGACAUAAAUAACUGCUAACAGUGCUAAAAUGAUAAUGUUAGUGCGCAUGACAAGUAUUUAGGUGCUUUUCUGGCAUGCUUUGUCGAUAUGUGAAAGAAUAAACUUUAAAAUGAUUUAACUUGAA